AUGGAUUUUAAGUUACAAAGAUAUUUCCUUUUUCCCCUUCUUGGUCUUUUGGCUAUCACCCUUUUAACUCACUGCAGCCAACCAGUUUUUGAUGAUCAAUCAGGAUUCGUGAGUAUCGAUUGUGGAUUACCAGAAAACUCAACCUAUACUGGCAGUAUGUUUCCAGUAACUUACACAAGCGAUGAAAUGUUCAUAAGCACGGGUGUAAAUGCACGUCUAUUGCCUAAAUUCAUUUCCAAUGAUACAGAAAUUUACUUAGAGAAUGUUAGAAGCUUUCCACAAGGGAAAAGGAACUGCUACAACCUAAGAUCAUCUAAAGACAAAGAUAGCAAAUUUCUAGUACGUGCCUUUUUCAUGUAUGGUAACUAUGAUAAUAAAAGUCAUGUACCAAAGUUUGAUUUGCAUAUUGGUACUGAGCUUUGGGAUACAAUUCAAUUGGAUAAUUCCUCUCAUGUAGUCACAAAGGAGAUUAUACAUGUUUUUGCUACGAAUUAUACGAACGUAUGCCUCAUAAAUACGGGCAACGGGACACCUUUUAUUUCAGCGCUGGAGCUACGACGAUUCAGAAAUACAAUGUAUCCCUCUGAAUAUGACAUAUCGCUGGAGCUUAAAAUGCGUUACAAUUUUGUUUCCGGUACUGCGCCAUUGAGAUAUAGCUUUGACGCUUACGAUCGAAUUUGGGAAGCUCUUCAACUUCCAGAAUGGGAUAUUGUUACCACAAGACGAGAAGUCGACAGAGAUAUCGAGAACGACUUUUACCCACCAACUCUUGCUAUGGGGACGGCAGCAACGCCACUGAAUUCUACUACCUGGACUCUCUCUUGGGGACCUGCAGAUCCCAAUAUUGACUACCAUACCUACUUGUAUUUUGCUGAAAUAGUGAGCCUUUUGCCUAAUCAGACCAGAAAAUUUGAUGUUAUCAUUAAUGGUGAAACGGCCUCCUGGGAGGGAUUGGAGCCAGAGUAUUUGACCACUUUUGUGAUGGACGACAAGCGAAUGGCUAGCAAUUUUAACUAUACAUUGCGUCAAACCAACAAUUCGAGAUUGCCGCCGCUUAUUAACGCGCUUGAGGUUUAUGCUGCCAAACGGUUCUUCAAGGUUCAUACUGAUGAAAAUGAUGUUGAUGCAAUAAUGGACAUUAAGAAAACUUAUGAUGUGAAGAAAAACUGGCAAGGAGAUCCAUGCUUGCCAAAAGAUUACACAUGGGAAGGUCUUCGCUGCAAUUACAGUUCCAGCAGUUCCACACGAAUUAUUGGCUUGGACUUGUCCUCCAGUGAAUUAAGCGGGGAUAUUCCAUCUUCUCUAUCAAAUCUAACUGCUUUACAGUACUUGGAUCUAUCGGACAAUGAUUUAACAGGUCCAAUACCAAGUUCUCUUGCUGGAUUUGCGUUCUUGAGAUUCUUAAACUUAACUGGAAACAAGUUCUGGGGUUCAAUUCCUCUUGGACUUGCUGAAAAGGCGAAUAAUGAAACCUUGUUGCUCAGCAUGGAUGGAUUCGUACCCCUCAUUAAGAAUCAUUGUCAAUCAGCUCAAUGUACAAAAAAGAAGCUUUCUAUUCCAGUAGUUGCAUCAGUAGCUGUACUGUUGAUGCUCUUGAUUGUGGUAAUCACCAUCUGUUACUUCACCAAACGCAAAGGGGAUAAAAGGGUCGAUUCUUUUGACUCAAGAAGCCAACGUUUUUCAUACACUAAAAUAGUGAGUAUGACCAACAACUUUGAGAAGAUUUUAGGCAGAGGUGGAUUUGGAUUAGUAUACCAUGGCUACUUGGACAACAAAGAAGUUGCUGUGAAGAUGCUUGCUGAGACAGGAUACAAGGAAUUUCAGAUUGAGGCUGAGCUAUUGGGAAGAGUUCAUCACAGAAACUUGAUUUCACUUGUUGGGUAUUGUUAUGAAGGUGCUUAUAUGGCGCUUGUGUACGAGUACAUGGCAAAUGGGACUGUAAAAGAGCAUCUCAAUGGUCCAAAAUCAUUGACUUGGAUAGAGAGACUUCAGGUGGCCCUGAAUGGAGCAGAAGGUUUGGAUUAUCUGCAUAAUGGUUGCACGCCACCUAUUGUCCACAGAGAUGUUAAGAGUACCAACAUCUUAUUAGAUGAUAACUUCCAUGCAAAACUUGCCGAUUUUGGAAUUUCUAGAGCUUUUUCUGUAGAUGAGAGCUCUUUCGUGUCAACUGCAGUUGUUGGCACUAUCGGUUAUCUUGAUCCAGAGUAUGCUCAUUUACAGAAAUUGCAUGAAAAGAGUGAUGUUUAUAGCUUCGGAGUAGUGCUUUUGGAACUCAUCACAGGGCAGCCUCCUGUGAUAACAAGCAAGAACUGUCACAUAACUCAAUGGGUUGGUAAUUCUCUUACUACUGGUGAGUUUGCCGAUGUUAUUGACCCCAUGCUAGAUGGAACCUAUGAUAGUGAAUUGGUGGAAAAAUAUGUAAGAUUAGCAAUCAGUUGUUGCUCACCCUCUUCUGCUAAUAGGCCAACCAUGCAUUAUGUGUCUAGCAGACUGGAGGAAUAUUUAGAAGCUGCAACAGAGGCUACUAAAGGCAUAAUGGUUUAUUUAGAAGAUUCAACCACAAUCCCUGUGCUUCUUGAUAGCAAGUUCUCAAGCAAAUUUUAAUUUUAAUUAUUUACAGGAGUCUGCAAUAUAAGGACUUGCUUUUUGAUGCAUUUUUGUUAA